AGAGAAGUCCACUUUUCCUCGGGAGCUGGGGGUUUGCAUUUUUUUAAUUAACUGGGAGUGGCCUUACUCUACUAAAUUUGGGGCACUAAUCUGUUCAAAAGAUGCCUCCCCGUGGGUUGCAUUUUUAAUUCGAUUUGGACCGAAAGAUUUUUUAAUUCCUUCCUUCAUUCUUCCUUUUGUGCUUUCACGAGCCAGAGUUUUAAAUUCUUUUGGCAGCUGAUCAGUCUUGUUCAUGAUUCAACAGAUUUGGAGUCCGUUUUCGAUCCAGACCACUGCAUCUGCAUGCAGCUUCUUGUUGAUUUGAUUACAGAGCCACCAGACCACAUGCCAUGGCUGCAGUCAAGAGUAGUACUAGUCGUCCGCGCAUGGUCAAGCUGAUGUGCCGCUACGGAGGCGGCAUCAUGCAAAGUCCUCCAGAUGGGAGCCCGCCGCGCUCGUCACGCUGCAGCGCCACACGACCUACGCUCGCCUCGCCGCCGAGAUGCGGAAGCUCUAUGGCGGCCCUGUCAUCAUCAAGUACCAGGAAGAAGCUGAAGAACCCGACAAGGGUCUAGAUGCAGGGACGACGAUGGUCGAGGUGGUCAAUGGCCGUGACGUGUCCAACAUGAUGAUGUUGCUGGAGUCUGGCAUCUCUUCCAACGACGAUGAUGCUGGAGCUGGGAUUCGCACUGACCAGUUCAUGAGCAUCUUCUUGUAUCCUCAGCCGCAGCAGCAGCAGCAGCUAUUAGUGGACGAUUUGGGGAACGAGCUCCAGAGGCUGGAUGAUUUGUAUACGGUUGCUGCACUUGGCCGUCGCUUACCUCGCCUGUGCCCUAUUGAUGUGCUAGUUCCUCCUAACAGGGAGUACGAAGAGGAUGGGUGGUUUAUGAAGACACUUAGGCGUAACUCGGGUUCAGAUGUGGAGGGUUUCUGGGAGAUGGCGACGACGACGAAGACGAGGAGGUAUGCAGCUGACGCAUAUUUGGACGACGAUGAGCCGCAGCAGCAAUUAGAUGAAAGGAACGAGUGGAACAAGAGACCAGAGUUGUCGUGUGCAGCAGCAGCAGAUACAGCUACUCAUCGUUUAUCAUCUAGUAGUUGCAUUAACUUAUGUGCUACUAACAGAGAACACGAACGGAUGAGGUGGUUUAUGAAGAAGACACUAGGUCGUGAUUCGGGUGAGAAUUUGGACUCAGAGGUGGAGGAGCAUUUCUCAGCAGCAGAUGCAUAUUUGGGUGAGGUGAGCAGCACCAUAUCGCUUCUUUCUCCUCCUUCAAUGGAUGAGUUGGUGAGGGACAUAAUGAAGCAGAGCAGCAAGAAAACUCUGUCACACAAUAUCCUGGAUGAUAUAAUACUUGACGGAAACGCCGAGCCAACAAAUCUACCAUUUGCUCUUCUACAAGACAUCACGGAGAAUUUCUCUGAUGAACAAAAAAUUGGUUCUGGUGGAUUUGCAAAUGUUUACAAAGGAUCACUUAUAAACGGGAGUGUUGCUGUUAAGAAGCUUUUGAACAGCCAGACAAUCGCAGAGGAGACAUUUUAUCGCGAGGCUAAUUUUCUGAUGAAUGUAAAGCAUCCAAAUAUAGUACGUUUUCUAGGCUUUUGUGCUAAUACAGAGAACCAAGCCAUCAAAUUGCAAGGACCAGGGACAUAUGUAAAGUAUAUUUAUGCCGAAGUGAGAGAGCGGCUACUCUGUUUCAAGUAUAUCAGUAAUGGAUGUCUUGAUAAGCAUCUUAAAGAUGAAUUGGAAGGGCUUGAGUGGCAUACACGUUAUCAAAUAAUUAAAGGAGUUUGCGAGGGCUUGCAAUAUCUUCACCUAGAAAAGUGUAUUCUUCAUAUGGAUCUGAAGCCUUCCAAUAUACUGCUAGAUCAUCUCAUGGUGCCAAAGAUUACGGAUUUUGGUAUAUCAAGACACCUUGAUGGGAUAUCCCGAGCCGUCACUAAAGAACUUUUUAUGUCUCUGGGUUAUUGUGCUCCAGAGUACCUACUCCGUGGAGAGGUAUCUUUCAAGACAGACAUAUAUGGUUUGGGUGUCAUAAUUAAAGAAAUCGUGACUGGAGGCAAGGAGGUCCCUAAUAUUAAAAAAAUACUUAGAAGAUGGAGGUACAGGUGGAACAAAUUAGCGACGUGUCCACCAUUGGGAUACCAACAAGUGACUAAAUGUAUUGAGCUUGCUGUAAGAUGCAUGGCAGAAGACUCGGAAACAAGACCUUUCAUUUGGGAUAUAGUCAGUGUGCUGAAUGAAAGUGAAACCAAGGACGAGGAUAUCAGUAGUGCUAAGGAAUCUAUGGGUGACCAGAUAAAACCUUACCCCUGGGAGUUGCUCAGCUUCAACCCACUCGAGCUGUCUUUCUCCUUUGAGCCAAACAAGCAGACAUCGUGCACACUUUAGCUCACCAACGAGAGGGAUGACCAAAUUGGCUUCGACAUCCAGGCUACGAACCCCUUCUAUGAGUAUAAGAUAGAACCGAACAAAGGUAUGGUGCCGCCUCACUCCGAGUGCAACGUCAUCAUAACACUGGAGGCACAGCAGAAGGCGCCACAAGGCAUGAUGCGCAUGGAUCAACUCACCGUGCGGAUGGCCGUUGUAGAGGAGAGCCUCAUGGCUAAGGAUAUCACACCGGACAUGUUUGAUGGAGAGACCGGCAAUAUGGUUGAUGAGGUGGAUUUGGCGGUUGUUUUUGCAACCUAGGACGCGAAAAGCACGCAAACCGAGCGAGGCCAGGUCGAAGAAAAAGUACAGGAACAGGGAUGGAUCUUUGAUGUUGGGGUGAUGCAGAGCUCGUCGCUGCCGGUGCCUGGGCCGAGUUCGACCUCUGCCACCAGCUUGUGCACCAAUGGGAGACGAGAAGAGUACACAUUUGGGAGCUCAGAAGAGGACACCAAUGGAUGAUGUGAAGGAUGAGCAGAGCUCUACUGCGGUUUCUGCAAUAACAGCUGACAAGGAGGCUUUGAGAGCUUGGUGAUGGAAGAAAAUGGAGUGUGACUGUGUUGACAGAGGUGGAUCAUAGACGAUUUAUGAUUAGAUCCAUAGGACUACAAUGUUAUGUACAUAGUAUAUGAACUCUGUCAAAAUGCACCUCCUUUUAGAACCCGGUGGGCAGGUAAACAUUUUUUUAGUCGACCAUAAAUUUACAGGUUGAGAGAAAAAAAAGCACCGUCAGAUAACACUAAAUUGGUACAGUAUCACUAGAA